GGAGGGGAAGAAGAGACAAGAAGAAGAAGGGAGGAAGGGGCUGAGCUCAAGGGACAGGAAGAUCUGUGGGUGAUGCUGUCGUCGGAGGGUCAGGGAGAGAGUAGGCAACAAGAGAGUCGGGGAUAGCUGGUGGGGGUCGAUCUGUGGGUGAGGCCAUUGUCGGAGCUCCGGCUAGUUUGAAGUGGAGGGGAUCGAGCUGAGCCCGUUGUGGGAACUAAGAAAGAGCUGAUCCUCGAGGUUGUGCCGACUGUGAGAGAAAAACAGAGACGAGCAGCGUGGGAGGCAGAUCGCUAGCUCCGCUUCCCUUUCCCCUUCAUCUUCCCUAAAUUCUUCUCAAUUUUUUUUAAGAACUUUUUUUUUUUGGGAGUGGCAAAUCAAUGUCCCUUCUCGGAGCGAUCUAGGGGCUCUGGCGAACUUGGCCAAGGGGGGAGCGGGAGGGAGAGGUCGCCGGGAGGGGGGGCACACGACGGCCCCACUCCCCUCCCUCCCUCGCCCGGAGCGGUCUAGGGGCUCUGGUGACCUCGCCCCUCCCAGUGGUUUUUGGUUGGGGUGGGGGAGAAAUGACGUUGUUUUGCAUCUUUUAUGGUCAGGAUGGCAAUUAACGUGCCACAAUUAACAGGCCUCGCCAUCUUUUUUCAUCAGGGACUUACUUAAAACAUGAACGGAAAGACCAAUUUGUGCUAACGUUUUAAACGGCGGGACUAAAUUAUGCAGAGAAAAUCUUUUAGGGAUGAAGUUGUAGAGAGAGAAAUCUUUCGGGGCCUAAAUUGUUAAUUUAGUCGAUAAUAUAUUGAUUGAUAGAUAUUUAAUUUAAAAAUAUUAAGGAGAAAAAUCUUGAGGAAAAGGGUUUUGAGCUCAGAGUCUCAGCUCCUAACUAGACCCCUCGAAACUUGAAUCUCUGGCGCUGCCUCGGCGGUCCUGCCCCUUCCCGUCUCCGCUUUUCCUUUAUCUGGCCCCUUCACCGCACCCUUUUGGAUUGGGACUCUGAGCUGCAGCCUGAAGCUAAGAAGGAGGUCGGGUCAGGUCAGGUCAGGUCAGUCGUCUUCCUCACCAACACCUACUGUAACUAUCAUCUCUCACAUACUUCAGUUCUUCCGUUGAUGACUCUCUCCUUUCCGCUUGCUACUACUGUUCUCCCGUCAUAAUAUGGAGCAAAGCCUGUUGCUUUGCUUGCCCAAAGCCUCUGCCUCGUCCCCCUUGGCUCCUCUCCCCACCUCUGUUGCACCCAAAUCUCACUUCCUCGAAAACUCGAGCCUCUCCGUUAAAACCCACAUCUUUUGCACCGACAAGACGCCAUUUCUAGGGAACGGUUUGGUUUCCUACCCUCAGAAGUAUCUGAACUUCACUCAUCAAAAGAAGUCCCAUGUUUCUUCUUAUCCGAUUAGAGCGGCGGUGAAGAGAAGGAAGGAGCUCCCUUUCGACAACGUAAUCCAAAGAGACAAGAAGUUGAAGCUGGUCCUCACGAUCAGAAAGAUCCUAGUCGGUCAGCCUGACCGCACAAUGUCUCUUCGCGAAUUGGGUCGGUACCGGAGAGCCCUGGGCUUGACCAAGAAAAGGAGGGUGAUUGCUUUACUGAAGAAAUUCCCGGCUGUCUUUGAAAUCAUUGAGGAAGGGGUUUUCUCGCUCAAAUUCAGGUUGACCCCCGAAGCUGAGAGGCUUUACUUGGAGGAGCUCAAGGCUAGGAAUGAAAUGGAGGAUAUUUUAGUCGUGAAGCUGAGGAAACUCCUGAUGAUGUCCUUGGAGAAAAGGAUUUUGUUGGAGAAGAUUGCUCAUUUAAGGACAGAUCUCGGGCUUCCUUUCGAAUUCCGGGACACUAUAUGCCACCGGUACCCUCAGUACUUUAGGGUUGUGGCUACUGCUCGAGGCCCUGCCUUGGAACUCACGCACUGGGAUCCCGAGCUCGCGGUCUCAGCUGCUGAACUUGCCGAAGAGCAUAACAGGGCUAGGGAGCUGGAGGAGCAGAGUCUGAUAAUUGAUCGACCUCUUAAGUUCAAUCGGGUGAAGCUGCCCAAGGGUCUGAACUUGUCUAGGAGUGAGAUGAGGAAGAUUAGUAAGUUCAGGGACAUACCUUACUUAUCUCCCUAUUCAGAUUUUUCUGCAUUGAGAUCAGGCACUCCGGAGAAAGAAAAGCAUGCCUGUGGGGUUGUUCAUGAGAUUCUGAGCCUUACUGUUGAGAAAAGAACUCUCGUGGAUCACCUCACUCACUUUAGGGAGGAAUUUCGGUUUUCUCAGCAAGUGAGAGGUAUGCUGAUAAGGCAUCCUGAUAUGUUCUAUGUAUCUCUGAAAGGGGACAGGGACUCGGUUUUUCUGAGGGAAGCGUAUCGCGAUUCUCAACUGGUCGAGAAGGACAGGCUACUCGUCAUCAAGGAGAAGCACCGGGCUCUCGUUUCCAUUCCUCGAUAUCCUAAGAGGGGUGCUCCCAGGAGAGAUGCUGAUGAGGCUGAAGGAAUCACCGAGCGAGAUGAUGGAAGUGGUCUGGAGGAGGAUGGCGAGGGAUGGUCAGAUAUUGAAGGCCUUGUGAGCGACAGUGGAUUUGAUGAUAGCGAUGAUGGAGAUGAAGAUUAUGAUGAUGAUUGGAGCGACGAAGAUGAUGAGAUACCUCCGGAUUUUGGUGAAGAUUCUAGAAGCUUGGAGAUUGGGUUAAGUGGGCAAACUAAUCAGAGAGAUGGCCUGAUAAAGGAAGGAGAAGAAGUUCGUGUUCCUGUUUUUCCCGAUGGUCGGCCUAGAGAGCGCUGGUAGAAUGCGUAUACGGAACUUGAUCUGAAGGUCACAGACAAAUGAUCUUCUUUUUAUGCUCAACGACUAAGUGACCUGUAUUUGCUGCUUUGCAGUCUUUUUGGGACGACUGUUGUAGGCUUGAAUUUAUACCCCUCGUCUUCUGACCGACUCUUUGUAAGGAGACCACUACCAAGUACAAGUUUUCAUAUAUUUGAUGAUCCAUGCCACACAUCUUGAAAAUAUUUGUUUCUCAAGGGAGUACUGGCAUAUGAGAAUUCCGAUGAAAAGAUCGAGCAUUGUGAUCUAUUCUGAGUAUGUACUGUUUUGAAAAUUUUUGGUUAUGCACAUGGAAGGGUUGAUUCUUGGUGA